AUGACUCCGGCGCCGUCUGGUGGACCUAUCUCGCCUGCGCUUUCUGCUUUCAAUGCGCCGUCGGUUUCGACGCUCGGCUCACCCAUUCCUUCGUUACACCAGGCUGCUGGAUCGCCGGCUUCGUCGGUUGCUUCGCCUCAGUCGUCGUUUGCAUCUCCGCAUUCGUCGUUUGCAAUCAAUAUCGCGGUGCAGCCGCCUACACGUAGCGGAUCGCCGGCGCGGGCGGUACCUAUGGGUUAUGGACAUACCUACCCACAGGAGAGGGAGAGGAGGAUGAGCGUCGACGAGGCUCCUACUCCUAGGCGUGGCGGUCGCAAGUCUGGCGGCGCCGCUGGUAUGGAGGUGCAAGGGACCGUUGGGGUCACGCCUCCGAGUUCUAGUCCGGGCACGCAGAGAAAGCACGCGCCACUCCGUGCAUACAGAAGCGUACCGAGGGCGAACGCGAUUUUCCCGAGUUCAUCGCCUGUCGCGGCUUUCGCUGCCCUCGGACCCAGAGCGGACGGAGAGGAGAGGCGGCCCAGUGCCGCACUUUUUGCUGCGCAGGCUCUUCAAGAAGAGGAUGAAGAUGACUUUGGACGGGUCGAGUGGCCCGCGCGCGUUAGUGGGGAGAUCAUCCGACUCUCACUAUCAUCUCCAUCGAGAAGGCAGAGCGCGCUUUCAUCGGCAGCAUACUCGCGCCAUUCUGCGUUGUCCAGCGCGAGUGGGACGACCACCACCGAGCUCGGAGAACGCGUUGGUGGAGAGGAGGUACAAGCAGGAAGGAAGAGCAUAGACACUGUGGGAACCUUCGGCCCGCGGGCCCCGGCUCGCGUGAAGCGCACGCUAUCUGAUGGCCGAGCCGGUGCAAUGGCGACCAGGCCCAGUCCGAAUCCGAACGCGGCGAAAUCGAAUAACAAUCCCUUGUCUCUUCCCGCAUCAACGACCUCCUCCUCCUCCCCGUCCUCCUCGCCGACCUCCCCCUACCGCGCGUUCGAUACGCUCAACGCUUCCACCGCCCCGACAUCACAAGUUUAUUACUCUGGAGCGUCUGCAGCCUCAGACGCACAAUUUCCGGACUCCCCGUCACCGACGCAUACGACAAACUCUGCUCGAGGGAUCGCGUUGGACGAGAUGCAAAAUACUCAGGAUAAUGGGUUUUUGAUACCCGGACCGUCGACGCCUGUACCUUCUGCGCCGACUACGCCGCGCCAAACAAAGCCACUUCGCUCGUCUCUGCGUUCACGACCAGCCGCAUCACCGGCCAGCUUUGCCGACUCUGGACUGGGCAUACGUAGCACUGCCACCAAGACAUACCCGAGUGACGCUGCACGGCUCUUGGCAGAGCGUAUCGCUCGUGGCGAGAGCGUGGAAGGAGAAGACGGGACGGAGACGCCGACUGGGAAGGGCAAGGGAAAGAGGAAGGCGGAUGACGCUGAAGUUACGCCGCCUGACAUGCGCAGGGCGAGGUUCGGGUCGGACGUCGAUGAACACGGCGCCCUCCCAGCAGCCUUCUCCUUCUCCCACGCUCCAUCAUCCUUCGGCGGGCCCUCGCGCAACCCCAAACGUGCCCGCCUCUCUUCGCCCGAACCGCGUCCCCCAUCAGCACAAGGCCAGCACUCGAACAACUUCGGCCGGACGCAGUCCCGCGCGUCCUCGCGCCCGUAUUCGCGUGGGACGGCCAGCGCUACUCCCGAGGCGAAUGCGAGGAGGGAGAAGAGGACGAGUUUGAGCGGCGCCAGUAUACCCAUUUCUGCGCUCGUGGCGCCGCAUGCGCCGAGCAUGUCGCAUCUCACGGAUGGGAGCUACCGCAUGCGCGAUCCGAGGAAGCCGGCGUCCCGCAAGAUGCACACGCCGUGGUCUUUACGCCGUCGCAACGUGGAAGCCGGUGAAGAAGGCAGCCCAGUCCAAGCAUGGCUGUUCUACCUCGGCUUCAUCACGCUCAUCGCGUGGUUCAUCGGCGCAUUCUGGCGCGUACCGAGGACGAGGGUGUUGAAAGAGGGAGGCGACGAGGAGAAAGGGCGCGAUGUGCUCGUGGACGAUCCUCAAGUCGAGUUCGACGCGAGGAGGUGGAGGAUGCGGUGUCGAGUUAUGGCCGUCGUUGGGAUUUGCACUUAUAUCCCUUUCGUCGUGCUCGUGGGCGUGUUCGUUGGACGAUGA